AUGUACUCUACUGAAGGGCAGACGGCCAGCAGACCGGCAGCAGCUGGACUUGGGCUGCGAUCAUUCUCAGGUCUCCUGCAGGAGAAAGAGACGGUGAUCGGAGCGGCCGUGACGAUUGGAAACACGCUCUGCGCGCAGAUCACGGCGCGGGCGGGCUUUGACUGGGUGCUCAUCGACAUGGAACAUGCGCCGGUCUCUGCGCGGGAAGCGUCGAGCCUGGUGCAGGCGGUGGUGGCGGCAUCGGCUGGACAAUGUGUGCCCAUCAUCCGCGCUCCAUCGCACGGGGUCGAAUGGAUCAAGUGGGCGUUGGACUCGGGGGCCGCCGGGGUCAUCAUUCCCAUGGUGACGAGCGCGCGAGAAUGCGAGGACAUCAUCCAGCGAGCCGUCUAUCCGCCGCGAGGCCAGCGCAGCUUCGGGCCCUUCCUGGCACCCUACGCAGACAUCGACCCGGCGUCCGACGUGCCCAAGUAUCUGAGAGAGCGGGCGAAGGACCUGGCCAUCGUUCCCAUGAUCGAGUCCCUUCAGGGCGUGCAGAACGCCGAGGCCAUCUUGAAAGUCCCCGGCGUGACGGCUUGUUUCGUCGGGCCCUACGACCUCCGCCAAUCCAUGGGACUGCCCGGCGGCGAUGGCGAAGAGCCUGCCUACAUCGAGGCGUUGCAGACGAUUCUCGAGGCUGGCAAGAAACACCACGUCGUCAUUGGCACUGUGGCUGGCACCGAAGCCUCCUCCAGACGCAAGGUAGAGAUGGGCUUCAGGUUCUUGCUCACCGGCCAGGAGCCGAAUUUCCUCGCCGCCGGUGCCAGAUCAGCCUUUCAACAAUGCCAGCGAGGCGUGAGUUCUGCCAGGACCAGCAAUCUGUGA